AUGGCCCGUCUAAUACCCAAAGCCUCAGCCAUAAUUGGAUCGACUGAAAUGUCGUCUCUUUUACAAGCACUGAAGGUUGUUACACUAUUGUGAUCUUUGAAAACCAAACCCCAGCCUGUUGGUGCAUUCACACUACAUCCAGCAUCAACAAAAAUUGAAACAGACCCAGCAAUAGCAGCAAGAUGGUUUGUGUGCAGUGGCUGUGAUAUUCGCAACAAAACACUACAUCAAUACACCAUUUGAUGACAAACCAAUUUUCUCCAUUGGGCUUCAAUAAUUUCAUUAUCUUCCAGUCAAUAAAUACAAAAGAAACAAAAUCAAUAGAGAAAGAUAGAAACAAACAAAUCAGAAAAAAGGAAGGAAAUAAAUUUCACAUUUUUAUCAUUCAUCUUAUGUUGCGUUUUCUCUGCUUUGCUGACCACUUAUCGUCUUUUUGUCGACCACCGCAUAAACCAUCGUCUCUUGUCGCUGCGUCUUCGACCUUUGCGUCAUCUCCAACCACAGCGCCGCUGCUUCACCCACCGCAGCGUCAUCUCCGACCACAUCGCCGCUGCUUCACCCACCGUUGCGCCGCUGCCCAAGUUGGUGGUGUUGUCUGAAUCGUUCGCACGCAGAGGAUUUUCUAUUUUAAGUUUAGGAUUACAUGUAAUAUUUGCAGUACGCUUGUUUUGUCAAAAUAGAUUUUGACUGCAAGAUUGAUCUAACGGGUCAGAAUUGGAGAAGGAGACAAUGGAUGAUGGAGAGAAUCCGGAUCCAAAGUAAAAAGUAAAAACUCAAUGCAUGUAAUUUUUAGUUUUUUGCGAAUGUCCAAAAAAACCACCUGAAGGCCCUUCUUCUACUAUCUGCUUUCACACUCUUUCACUCUCACUCAUUACGACGCCGCGAGAACCAUAACAUGCUGGACAUCAACCUAUUCCGGGAAGAAAAGGGUCACAACCCCGAACUCAUCCGGGAAUCCCAACGCCGUCGUUUCGCCAGCGUCGAAGUCGUCGAUGAAAUCAUCAAUCUCGACAAAGAAUGGCGAAAACGUCAAUUCGAGUUGGAAAAUCUCCGCAAAGAAGUCAACAAGAUCAACAAAGAAGUUUCCAAACUCAAGCGUGCUGGUGAAGAUGCAACCAAGCUCAUUGCUGAUUCUGAAGAGACUAAGAAGAAGAUAGCUGAGAAAGAGGUCGAGGCUCGGGAAACCCUAAGCCUUUUGAAUUCCAAAUUGGAAACUAUUGGAAACCUCAUCCAUGAUUCUGUUCGAGUCGACAAUGAUGAGGCCAAUAAUGAAGUGAUUAGAACAUGGGGGGAGAAAAGGGUUGAGCCUAAACUCAAGAAUCAUGUGGAACUAGUUGACCUACUUGGGAUAGCUGAUUUGAAGAAAGGAGCUGAUGUAGCUGGAGGUAGAGGUUACUACCUCAAAGGAGAUGGUGUUCGUCUUAAUCAAGCUCUAAUCAACUUUGGGCUUGAGUUUUUAGAGAAAAGGGAAUAUACUUUAUUACAAACUCCUUUCUUCAUGAGAAAAGAUAUGAUGUCCAAGUGUGCUCAAUUAGCUCAAUUUGAUGAAGAACUUUAUAAGGUAACUGGUGAAGGAGAUGAUAAAUAUCUGAUUGCAACAGCAGAGCAGCCACUUUGUGCAUAUCAUAUAGACGAUUGGAUCCACCCUACCCAGCUACCCCUAAGGUAUGCUGGAUAUUCUUCUUGCUUUAGGAAAGAAGCUGGAUCUCACGGUCGAGAUACUCUAGGAAUAUUCCGAGUUCACCAAUUUGAGAAAGUGGAACAGUUUUGUAUUACUUCCCCAAAUGACAAUGAUUCAUGGGACAUGCAUGAGGAAAUGCUUAAGAACUCUGAGGAGUUUUACAAGGCGUUGAACAUUCCAUAUCAAAUUGUUUCCAUUGUAUCUGGGGCUUUAAAUGAUGCUGCAGCAAAGAAGUAUGAUCUUGAAGCAUGGUUUCCAGCUUCUCAAACUUACAGAGAGUUGGUAUCCUGUUCAAAUUGUACAGACUACCAGGCCAGAAAAUUAGAAAUUCGAUAUGGUCAGAAAAAGAGCAAUGAGCAGUUGAAGCAAUAUGUUCAUUUGUUGAACUCUACUCUCACUGCUACUGAAAGGACCAUUUGCUGCAUACUAGAGAACAACCAAAAGGAGGAUGGGGUAGAGAUACCAGAAGUCCUCAGGCCAUUCAUGGGUGGAAAGACUUUCCUACCCUUCAAGAACCAACCGAGUAGUGAAACCAAAGGGAAGAAAUCGAAGGCCUAAUUGCAUUAUUUUUAGUCUGAAUGAUAUUUAUUAAGAGCUAGUUCAGAAUUGUAGGUUAUGACCAAUGUUAUUCCUUCCAUCAUAACCUGUUUUCAACCGCCUCCAUCCCCUUCUCGUUGUAUGCUUUAAAUUAAAUAUUAAAUUAUCUUUAAGGAACACAAUAUUUUGCAGAAAGGACAUACUUGGCAUGAUCUGUAACUCAUGUUGUGGUGGUUUUAUACAUUGUGAAAGACUAAGACUCCGAUCGGAUGUCCAGUUUUGCAUGAAA